CAAGGAAGCGACCCACAGCAGCAGAAUGGUUGUCAACAGGGAGAAGUAACAGUUGCUGUCGGUUGGAUAUUUUCCUGUUUUUUUCGUAAGCUAAUGAACUCCACUGCAGAAAUGGAGGCUGCAGGAGGGGAAGAGAAUCCAGAUGUGCAUGGGGCAGCGGCGGCGGCAGCGGCAGCAGAACCAAGUGUUUCUAGACAGCGACAGCCUGCUAUGAAGCCGGUGUGGACUUUGCUAGAAGAGGCAGCCCAAAUGAAGACUGAAGGAAAUGCUUUCUACAGGGAGAAGAACAUUCGCUCAGCCAUCGGCCGUUAUCACCGUGCUCUGCUGGUCCUCCGAGGCCUCGACUCGGAGGUGAUGACGUCAGUGAAGGGCUUUGGACCUGAGACACCUGCUCUUACACCUGAACAGGAGACUUUACUGAGAAACACACAAGUGGACUGCUACAACAAUUUAGCUGCCUGUUUACUGCAGAGAAAGAGUGUUGACUAUGCUCGUGUGCGGGAGUACAGCCUGCGGGUGCUGCAGUGGCGACCAGGUGAUGUCAAAGCACUGUACAGGGCAGGAGUAGCCACUCUGGAGAUGGGCGAUGCAGAGACUUCCAAACAGUACCUCAUGCAGGCCUGCAGAGAGCAGCCUAAUGAUGCUAAUGUGAGGAAGCACCUGCAGAGGGCUGAGGAGAAAUUGAGUCGGGAGUUACAGAAGGAGAAGGCCAUGUAUCGAGGCAUGUUUUCCUCCGGCCUAAAGAGCAGCUCUGGAGAAGGGAUAAACCAAACCAACAGAGCUGGUGAGGGAGUUUAGCCAGCCAGCUCACUCCGCCAAAUAAAGCCUCAGCCUGAGAGAGAGACUGCGUUCAACUGAUCACAAACCAACUGAGGAAUGUUCACACAUCCUGAAUCACUAAUGUUACUGUGCCUCCUGCAGAAGGUGAGCCUAGGAAAGAAAGGAUUGCAUGUUAUACAGAAUACUAGAGUGCAGUCAGUAGGAAAGAUGUCACUGCUGAAAAUAGAAAGGAGACGACAGGAACAUUAGUUUCCUAGCAACAUGGAAACAGAGCUGUUUUUUAGCCCAUAAGAGCGAGAGUUUGGAUAUUUCACAAAAAUGUGAGUCUUCAUGCACUACUCAAAUGCCUCAACGAUUGCAGUUGUCUGGUCAGUGCUGUGAAUGUUUUUUUUUGUUUGUUUGUUUGUUUCUUUUUUUGAGUUUCAAGUAAAAUAUUUUUUCUAAAUAA